CCUUCAAGACACAUGGCAAAGCAAAAGAAAUACUCUCUCUCUCUCUCUCUCUCUCUCUCUCUCUCUCAGAGCCUUUGCAAGGAAUUGAUGGGGAAAGCAUGGGAUUUCCUGGUGCAUGCAGAAAACAUAGAAUUCAGCUCGUUCAGGUGGUUCGCCUACGUGGGUGCAUCAUGCUUCCUCAUCCUCUUCGCAGGCCUCAUGUCUGGCCUCACGCUCGCUUUCAUGUCUCUCAGCCUCGUUGAUCUCGAAGUCCUCCAGCGCAGCGGCACUUCCGACGAGAAGAAGCAGGCAGCUUCUAUCCUUCCAGUCCUUCAAAAGCAACACCAUCUUCUUGUGACUUUGCUUCUAUGCAAUGCUUGUGCCAUGGAGGGCCUUCCUAUAUGUCUGGACCGGAUUUUGCAUCCACUUUUUGCUAUUGUAAUGUCCGUAACAUUGGUUCUAGCUUUCGGAGAGGUUAUUCCACAAGCCAUUUGUGCAAGGUAUGGACUUUCUGUGGGAGCAAAUUUUGUGUGGCUCGUGCGUAUUUUGAUGAUCAUUUGCUAUCCAAUAGCUUAUCCUAUGGGGAAGCUUCUAGACUAUUUACUUGGUCAUAAUGAAUCUGAACUAUUUAGGCGGGCUCAGUUAAAGGCUCUUGUUUCUAUCCAUGGCCAGGAGGCUGGUAAGGGUGGUGAACUCACCCAUGAUGAGACAACUAUUAUAAGUGGAGCUCUCGAUUUGACAGAAAAGACAGCUGAGCUGGCAAUGACGCCUAUUGAAUCAACAUUUUCCUUAGACGUGAAUUCAAAAUUGGACCGGGGAGUAAUCGGAAAGAUUCUUUCUCGGGGCCACAGCAGGAUCCCCAUCUAUUCUGGAAAUCUAAAAAACGUCAUUGGCCUUCUACUGGUGAAGAGUCUUCUCACAGUACGGGCUGAGGAGGAGACCCCAAUCAGUGCUGUUUCCAUCCGGAGAAUCCCACGGGUUCCAGCAGACAUGCCGUUGUAUCAUAUAUUCAAAGAAUUCCUAAAGGGCAGCAGUCACAUGGCAGCUGUUGUGAAGGCUAAAAGAAAAUUCGAGAAGCCUCCACUCAUUGGCGGUGGAGAGAAAUCUGAAGAGACCAAAGUAGGCAGUGAGGAUGCCACAUUAACUACCCAUUUAUUAUCUGCAUCGGAAAAAUCAGAAAGUUUUUCUAUUGACAUUGAGAAGGGGAUGAAUAGCCAAGGUAAUGUGAAUACUAUAGCUUCUUCAGAACACAAUGUUGCAGCAACCAACGCGGCAGUCUAUUUAUCAGAUGAGGUCAUUGGUAUCAUCACACUUGAGGAUGUAUUUGAAGAAAUAUUGCAAGAGGAGAUUGUAGACGAGACUGAUGAAUACAUUGAUGUGCAUAAAGGAAUACCUGUGUCUAAAGUUGCAGCCAAUUAUGCAGUUGCAAGAGUUCGAUCGUUCCGGAGAUUAGCGAGUCAGAAGGGUGGCGUGACCCCGAAGAAAUCCAACAGCUGUAGUUCAAAUUCGACAAAGUUUAAAUCUGAGCUUUUGGAUCCUCCUUUGGGACCCAAGAGUUGAAAAGAAUGAAGGUGAUUUUAAAGAGAGGUACAAGUCACAUGGCUCUCCCCCGUUACCAUAUGCUAUUGUAAUUUGUUUUAGUUCUGUUAAAAAUGAGUACAAGUCACCAGUCCUCAUCAGUGGAAAUGACAGUUAAAGAUGUAGCAGAUGCUAUAUAUGGGAAUGGCCCCCAUGAUGAUGAUGAUGAUGAUGUUGGCUUAUAUUGGAAACUUUGUUGCUAAAACAGGCAUGAGUUUUUUUAUGCUGCAACAUGAUUGGCUAAUCAACUUUUUUAAAUUUAUA